ACUGGCUGGAGGUUGAGCUGGGAUGGAUCCCAGAUCUGCCUGGCCCUGGAAUUGAGGCCCUUUGUCCACUACCCUGUCUCCUUCCUGAUGCAGGGUGGCCAUUGCAGCUCUCAGUACGUGUCAACCUGGUGACACCAGAUCCGUCACCUCAGUGAGGAGUGAAGGAAGCACCUGGGAUCGGCUUACUAAUUCAAGGGCCCGAUGAAUUAUUCACACCACCAUUGACUUGGAGGUCCUUCCAACCUCACCUCUCUUUCCCCUCUCAGACCCUUGGAUCCUGACCCCUGAACUCCGCCUUGGUGGGGGACCCCCAGUGAGGAGAUGCUGGCUGAGCUGGGGGCUUGCUUAUUGCUGGCCAUGGUACUGCUGGACUCAGGUCCUGGGACCCAAGCCACGGAAGGUGUCAAGUGUGGGGGUGUGCUCUCGGCACCAUCUGGGAACUUCUCCAGCCCAAACUUCCCAAGUCUGUAUCCCUACAACACCGAGUGCAGCUGGCUGAUCGUGGUGGCCGAGGGGUCCUCCGUGCUGCUCACCUUCCAUGCCUUUGACCUGGAGUACCAUGACACCUGUGGCUUUGACUUCCUAGAGAUCUACAACGGGGCCUCUGGAGACAAAGGCAAUCUUCUGGGCAGGUUCUGCGGCCAGGUGCCCCCACCACCCUUCACCUCCUCCUGGCACGUCAUGUCUGUCGUCUUCCACUCGGACAAGCAUGUGGCCAGCCGCGGCUUUUCUGCAGGCUACCAGAAAGACGUGUGCGGUGGAGUCCUGACUGGCCUGUCGGGGGUCCUCAGCAGCCCCGAGUACCCCAACAACUAUCCCAACAACGUGGAGUGCCACUGGCUGAUCCGUGCCUCGGGGCCUGCCGCCGUCAAGCUGGUGUUCGUGGACUUCCAGGUGGAGGGCAGCCAUGAAUGCAUGUACGACUACGUGGCUGUGCUUGGAGCCCCCGGCCCUGCCCACGGGCACCACUACUGUGGCCGCACCAGACCCCCCACCCUUGUGUCCCUGGGCCAUGAGUUGCAGGUGAUCUUCAAGUCUGACUUCAACAUUGGAGGCCGGGGCUUCAAGGCCCACUACUUCUCAGGAGAAUGCCAGGAGGUAUUCACGGCUGUGCGUGGGAACUUCUCCAGCCCACAGUACCCUGGCUCCUACCCCAACAACAUCCGGUGCCACUGGACCAUCCGCCUGCCCCCCGGCUACCGGGUCAAGGUCUUCAUCCUGGACCUGGGCUUGGAGGAACCCAACAGCCUGACAAGAACCUGUGACUUUGACCACCUGGCGGCCUUCGAUGGGGCCAGUGAGGAGGCACAGCUCCUGGGGAAGUGGUGUGGUCAUCGCCUGCCUCCGCCCGUCACCUCACGUCACAACCAGCUCCUGCUGCUGCUGCACACUGACCGCAGCACCUCUGGCAGGGGCUUCUCUGUGGCCUACAUUGGAGUGGUACCCAUGAAUGUGAGCUGUUCCCGCACGGACUUCCAGAUCCUGAUCUCUGCCCAGGCACUGGCCCCACUGGAGCGGACAAGGGUCUACCUGGGCAGCCGGAGCUGUGCAGCCCAGGAAGUUGGUAGCAACUUCAGGAUCCAAGCCCGCUUUGACACCUGCGGUACAGAGUCUCAGAGAAGAAAUAACACCUCUGUGAUCGUCAGUGUGCUGUACAUCGACUUCUCCGCUGCUGGGCACGAGGACAUCCACGAGUACGAGGUGCUCUGUGAGCCGAGGCGCAAGGAGGCAUCUGCCCAUCUGCUGUCAGGCUCUCACUGGCUCGGGCCCUACGCUGCCACGGCUGAGCACCUUCAGGAGGCACCAUCCGGGGAUGAGGCAGAGGUCCUGGAGGGCCCAGGGACGGUGGUGUCCCAGGACACCAGUGACAUCGUCUUCCUGGGCCUCUGCAUCCUAGCUGGAGUCCUUAUGAUCAUUGCCAUUGUGGUCCUGAUGCUGCUGUAAGCAGGAAGAGAGCGGCUGGGGGACUGACAGCAGGGCAGGGUGGGGCUUGUGGACACGUUGGUGACCACGGGCGCAUCACGUUCCUCUCGGAUCCCGUUCUCUUGGAAUCAGUGUUCUGCUCUGCUCACCACGGGGCUCUGAGAAGAGUUUGUGUGGAUAAGGGCUCUGGAGAUGGCCAUAAUUGCUGUUGUGUUAAUCAUUUUAAGGCUGUUCUGCCACAGGAAAGCAUGCUCCUGUAUGCGUACCUUGUGAGCUUGGAUAGUUGGGGUCACCGGUGACAGUGUGAAUACAACAGACUCAUUCGGUUCUUCAGCAACUCAGGGUACAUAUAAAAGCACCUCUUGGUUUCUCAGACCUUCAUUAGUAGGAAGUCUAGUAUGGGUUCGGGGCUUCCUCCCUCCCGAAUGGACUGGUGUGAAGACUCUGCCUAAAGAACUCCAGCUCAGCCUCCGUGAAGCGGGAAGAGAGCCAAAGCUCCGGCUAGGGCCAGUGUUUCAGCCCCUGCCACACCAUGUCACUACUGAAGACUGGUCCUGUGCAUCCUAGUGGAUGCUCGCCCAUAGAGGUGACAAUGGCCUCCUGGGCCCGAUUCCUAUAGACACCAGGCAGGCUGAACAGCAUGCUGGGGGUGGGGGGGGCUGCAGCUGAGGAGGUGUUGCUUCUGCUGUUGGGACUUUUGUUUGAAUGUCUUGUCAUCUUUGGCCAAGACACUGACUGAAGUUCCACGUGU